AUGGCAGACGACCCGGUGACCGGUGCAUCACCUGGCAUCGCCGCACUUCCGCCAACAACAGUGAGACAGAUUGGCUCCCAACAGGUCAUAGUCGAUCCCAGUUCAGUCGUCAAAGAACUGGUUGACAAUGCUCUCGACGCUCGAGCAAAGAGCAUAUUUGUGGACAUUACAGCGAAUACACUCGACUUGAUACAGGUUAAGGAUGAUGGUCAUGGCAUUCCGGCUCAAGAUCGCCCCCUCGCAUGUCGUCGUUACUGCACGAGCAAGAUCAGGGACUUUCACGACUUGAAAGACGUGGGAGGGAAAUGGCUUGGUUUCCGCGGCGAGGCUCUGGCAAGCAUGGCUGGGAUCAGUGGCGCGCUUUCGGUCACGACGAGAGUGGAAGGCGAACCAGUUGCCGUCAAGCUAGUUUACGGUCGCGAUGGCGAGCUUACCACGGAUUCGCAUCCGGUCGGCACUACGGUCAAGGUGACCAACAUCUUCAAACCGAUACCAGUCCGAAUCCAAGCAUCGAUAAAGAACUCAGCAAAAUGCCUUGCUAAGAUUCGACGGCUGAUGCAAGCUUACGCGCUGGCCAGGCCUGCCGUCCGGUUCAGACUGCACGUACUAAAAGCGAAGAACAACAAGGGUGACUUCAUCUACGCGCCAAAAACCAGCGCAAAUGUUGAAGAUGCUGUGUUAAAGAUCAUCGGAAAAGACUGCGCUCUCCAAUGCGACUGGACUGCCCUAGAAACAGAUGGUCUCGAGAUACAUGCUUUCCUCCCCAAGCCUACUGCAAAUGGAUCCAAGAUUUCCAAUUAUGGUGGCUUCAUCUCCGUCGACUCGAGGCCAAUGUCCAACGUUCGCGGAUUCCCCAAACGGAUAGUGAAUGCUUUCAGAGGUAGACUUCGCAAAGCAAACACCUCGCUCAGAGAGGUGAGAGACCCUUUCUUCUGCAUCAAUAUUAUCUGCCCACCCGACAGCUACGAUCCCAACCUGGAACCAGCAAAAGACAAUGUAGUAUUUGACGAUGAAGAUCUGGUAGUGAGCGCCGUCGAUAAACUACUAACAUCCUACUAUCCCGAAGCCGUUGUCGAGGUUGAAGAGAUUGAAUCCCCAAUAUCUGCCCAGCAGUCGCAGGAAGUGCAAAUCGAGCAACAGUCAAUGCUACAAGUAGUACCUGCUUGUGUUUGCGAUGAUGAUGAUACACGGGAGAUUGGCGAGCCGUUGCCCAUUCCACAGGACGAGUUGCCGCGGUGGAGAUCCAGUAUGUAUGGCAUUGAUGAGGAUGAUCUGCAAUUUCUGCAUAAGGAGCAACCUCCAGUGAUAGAGGAAGAAGAAGGACGUCAAGCGACAGAUACAUCCAACCCAUGGACGAUCGCGAGGAUGAAUGCCGCCACGAAACAAAACAAGUCGAUUGGGAACGGUCAACUGCCCAGUCCAGCCAAGAGUCGAGGCGAUAUAUUUAUAGGUUCUAACUCUCCCACAACCGCAGUCACACCACGCCAGACUCCGCCGAUCGAGCCAUUGACACCCCAAACUUCGGCAAGAUCGAAUGCACGGAGAUCAUUGUCAGAUGAAGAGUUGGAACGUGGCAUUCGGCAUCUGCCCCGGUCGUCUCCUGAACAGCGACCUACAAGGGGCUGCAGCAGAGUAUCACAAGAACGAGAGCAGUUUGGUAUCACUCCACCCGAGACCAGAUUUGCAGCUCAAAUGCCCCAAAAUCUCUCUCAGCGUCCGAAUAUGCUUCUUUCAGAGGAAAAUCAACACAACUUCGCAUCAGCUGGAUCGUUGUAUGGGUCACCACAUGGUUACGAUAUGCCUCCUCCAAUAUCUUCGGCUCCACGCCAUCGCCAACGUAAGCAGCAAUCAUACAACAACACGCCGUUUGUAUCACCUGCACGACAACCAAACGACACGUGGUUUGGUCAACCGAUGGCUGGAGCAGAGUCGUCUCAGCCAACUCGCCGCCAAAAGCGUGCCAGAAACCAAGACGUACCUUUGUUUCCGAGUGACAAUACGUUCAGCACCCGAAGGCCAAUUCCGACUGAGGCCAACCUGUCAUCUGAUGCCAUAACUUACCCAGAAAACAACUCUGACAUUCGUAAUUUUUUCAGGCAAAACCAGAGUCAACACAACGGUCUUUCUCAGAACAGUCAGCCAAUGCCACCAUUCAGUGUUAGUUCGAGGGCCACCUCUGCAGAACCGCAGCCACGUUCGAACCUCACCAGAAAGCAACUGCUACUUCACUCUGACCGUGGUGCAAGCUUCGAGCCGCACGACAUCACUGAGCAGCUACGAGCGUACGUCGAGCGAGAAGCCCCCUAUGCAAAACCAUCUCUAUCCAGAGCAACAUCCUCCGAGCCGAUCCAACACCCAAACCAUGCUAGCAACUCGCUCAACACCCAUGAAAGCAAUAACAUGAGACCAGAGCCUCGCAACACGGGCACCAGUCCUUUCCACCCACCCUCUCCACACCCUCCAAGUAAACCGGCCCACGAAACCCCCAUACACCAACCCCUCAAACCCCACCCAACAGACCCCCCGCACCGCACCAAAUCCUCCAAACUCCCCCUCGAACGCACACCCAACGGGCACCGCAUCCACGACCUCAUCCUUCCAGUGACCACGAGCGCGACAUGCAUACUCAACGCGUCCUGGAAGUUAGACAUGCGCUGCAACACUCUGGAGUGGGGGUACAGCGCUGGACACGCGUAUGACGUGCUUGCAGAGCCGGUUUCGGCGGGGAGGGUUGGGGAGUGGGUGGGCAGGAUUGAGGGGUUGUUGGGUGGGCGGUAUGAGAGGGUGGGUGAGGUGGGGGUUGGGGGUGUGUUGUUUGAGGGGGUGGGGAGGGCGGUUGGAUCUGCAGGCAUUUUAGACUCGGCGACCGUGGCCUCGCCCACACGCUUACUCACUACCAAAGCCAACCGUGCGGAGGGCAUCGACGCUCCCGAUGGCCCCGUUUCAAGUGUGGAAUCGGUUGUUAACGCUAACGUCGGUGCUGGUGUGGAUAUGAAUGCGAAAGAUAAGCUCGACGACGACGGCGAUGAGCUUGUCUUUGAUGACGAUAUGUUGAUGGACUUUUAGUCUUUCGGAGCGAUCGAGGAGAAAGGGGGUCAUCCAGAUAAGCACAAGACGUAGCGUGUAGACAAAAAAGCAGGAUCAUCUGGGCCUUGAAUGUCGAAACAACAGGUAACAUGACAUGGGGAG